ACAAUGAGAGCCAGAUGGCUCAUCUAUAUAGUUCGUAACGCCUCCUGCAUCAGCUCUCAGUCUCAUCUCAUGCAUUUCUAAUACCAAUUCCAAUUCAUUCUCUCCCCCAUUUAUACACCACCCUCUCCACUCUCCCUCACACACCACCCCCUCUUCACCUCUUCCCCUUUUGAUAGCAAGUAACCAGCAACAACCAUGGUUGUUCUGUCUCAGCCACCACUGAACCAGUUUUUCCACGUCAAACCAUGCAAACCCACCACCUUUUUCACUGGAAUUCCGGUGGUUGACCUCUCCGACCCAGAGGCCAAAUCGCUCAUAGUUCAGGCCUGCAAAGAAUUCGGCUUCUUCAAGCUCAUCAACCAUGGUGUUCCAUUAGACCUCAUGUCCAAUUUGGAAAACGAAGCUGUCAGAUUCUUCAGAAAGCCUCAAACAGAGAAAGACAGAGCAGGUCCCCCUGAUCCUUUUGGCUAUGGAAGCAAGAAGAUUGGCUCCAACGGUGAUGUGGGUUGGGUUGAAUAUCUCCUCCUCAACACCAACCCUGACAUCAACUCCUCCAAAUCCCUUUCCAUUUUCCGGGAAAACUCACAAAAUUUCCGCUCUGCGGUGGAAGAUUAUACUGCUGCAGUGAAGAACAUGUGCUUUGAGGUGCUGGAACUAAUGGCGGAAGGGUUGGGGAUUGAGCAGAGGAAUGUGCUGAGCAAGUUUCUGAAAGAUGAAAAAAGUGAUUCUUGCUUCAGGCUUAACCACUACCCACCGUGCACCGAUUUGCAAGCAUUGAAUGGGCGCAAUUUGAUUGGUUUUGGGGAACACACUGACCCUCAGAUAAUCUCUGUGCUGAGAUCCAACACCACAUCAGGAUUGCAAAUCUGUCUCACAGAUGGCACCUGGGUUUCAGUCCCACCUGAUCACACUUCCUUUUUCAUCAAUGUUGGUGACACCCUUCAGGUGAUGACUAAUGGGAGGUUCAAAAGUGUGAAGCACAGGGUAAUGGCUGACACUACAAAGUCAAGGUUAUCAAUGAUCUACUUUGGAGGAGCAUCGUUGAGUGAAAAGAUAGCACCACUGGAAUCACUCAUGUCAAAAGGAGAACAGAGUUUGUACAAAGAGUUCACAUGGAGUGAGUACAAGAAGGCUGCGUACAGUUCAAGACUGGGUGAUAAUAGGCUUGGCCCUUUUGAGAAAAAAUGAUGAUCAUGAUGAUGAUGUGUCGACAUUCUACUCUGCAAUGCAUUUUUGUUGACACGUUUUUUUAGUUUUUUUGGUUUGCGUGUCUGGGAUUCAAACAGUUGUUUCUACUUGUUGACAUAUAUAGAAAAUGAAUAGGUUAUUUAUCAUGUUUUGAUUGUUUUCUUCCUUUUUUUAGUUUUGUUCUUAAUUUCUCUUGCUUAAUCAAAGAAAUGGAACAGUCAAUGAUGCCCUUAUAUUGUUUAUGCAAAGCAAGUCUAGUCACAUCUUGUAAUCUGAUGUUCACUAUGAACUUUAAGCAACUGAGAAUGGAAAGUCAAAAUGUUAGGAAUUACAUA